UUUCCGUUAGUUUUUUCCUUCUGCCUCAGGUCAGUAACUGCGCAUGCGCGAGAUUUUGAGCUGGAAACCUUGGGCGUAACCCUUCAAACUUCCAGAAACGCGUUUUCCAUUACGGGAUUUGUCCCUCACCGGCUGCCAUUCUGGAUACCAUUUCCCCUCUAUCUGCUACAACCCGAUUUUUCCCUUUAACUUUUUUAUCAGGUUUUUAUCUAUAAAACACAGUGCCUUUGUGUAUCCUUGGUCGUUUAGGUUUCGUGUUUAUUCCGCGCAUGUACGGAGCACAAUGUUCACCACUACCGGGUCCAGAGGACUGUAUAAAGCUCCAGUGUCGAAGAGCCUGCUGCUGAUUCCCACUGCCUUCACCGUGCUGCUGCUCAUGGCUCUGCCUCAGUACCAGAAGCUGUUCGUCUACAGCCUGCAGGCUAUCGCACACCACGGCCAGUUGUGGAGGCUGCUGUGUGGGAGGCUGAUCUGUCUGGAUUUAAAGGACACGUUCUGCAGCAGUCUGCUCAUCUACAACUUCCGCAUAUUCGAGAGGAGGUUUGGCAGUCACAAAUUCGCUUCCUUCCUGUUUGGAACCUGGGUUCUGUCUGGAUUUCUGGACUUCCUGUUGGCCGAGGCUGUUCACUUCCUGUUUGAGCUGCAGGUGGACGUGCUACCGGCCGGACUGCUGGGUCCAGUCUUCGCCCUCUUUGUGCCUUUCUUCUGUUCCGUCCCUCAAGUUCAGGUCACUCAAUUGCUGCACUACGUCUCGAUCAGCAACAAGUCUCUCGUGUACAUCGUGGGCCUGCAGUUGCUGACCUCUAGUGCUUACAUGUGGGUUGUGGCUCUGAGCGGAUUGGUCUCAGGCGUGCUGUACUACAAUAACGUGUUGGCUCUCCAGCGGUUCCUGUAUGUUCCACAGUGGCUGGCACGCUGCAGCUCUCAGCUCCUGGAGCCCAUGUUCUCAGGCACAGAGCCGCACGCUGAGGCCCCAGUGGGAAUGGGAGCCACGUUGGACAUCCAGCGACAGCAGCGCAUGGACAUGCUGGACCAACAGCUGCUGCUCUCACAGCUGGCGCAGCUUAGGAGAAACGCCCAGCAGCCACCACCACAGCAGCAGGGUGGACUCCUCAACCGAUUCUUUCCGGGUUUGCGACACAGAGGUCAGAACGUGAAUCACAUGCAGCCUCACUCCGUGGACCCACCAGUGGCUGAGGAGCAGGUCAGGAGGCGAACACACGCACAGUCACAAGCGCAGGCAGUGGCGAGGCUGAUGGAGAUGGGUUUCUCCAGACUGGACGCUCAGGAAGCUCUCCGAGCAUCCAACAACGACAUCAACAUGGCCACCAACUUCCUGCUCCAGCACUGAGGCUGAGCGUCACAGGGCGGAGCAGACGGAAACGGCGCUGCAGCGACUGGAAAACACGACGCACGGACACUACGUCGGAAGACUGGAACAGUAACAUAUUGUCUGGAGCUAGUGGUGUCAAUUCCUCUCAAACCGCUCUGUGAUUGGGUGGUGAGGAGCCGCCGAAGCUGCCGCUACUGUUUCCUGCCGACUCCAGCAGAAUAGAGCCGGGAUGGUGGCAGAGGACGGCACGGUAUUACGUCAGGGCUUGCGUUCUCUGGCCUCGCCGUCCCUCUACAACCUCCAGCACUGCACAUUCUUAUUAAUAAGCCCACGUAUAGUGGCGAUGAUGAUGAUGAUGAUGAUGAUGUGAUUGAAGAGUCUUAAAAGGAAAUCGAGACCUCAUAAAAAGACUCAUAUUUAGACAUAGUUGUGGACUAGUGUGUUGUUUUGAAGAAUUUUAAACUUGUGGGACUUUACAGUUAGAGGAAUAAUUUGCGCAAUUUUUGUUCGCCAUGUUUCUUAGUUUUGUUCAGGAGGCUAAUAUAGAUAAAUAAACGGAAGUCAAUGUCACCCAAAAUCUGUUCAACUACAGUCAUCUACACUCAUUUAUACCUUUUAAUAUGUACAGUAUCGUUUACCCAGAAAGGUGUGUGUGUAGUGUACUAUGAACGCUUUACUCUAAAAGGUCAUUACAGUUCAAUGACUGACUUUAAAGGUGCACUAUAUCCAUAUUUCCAGGUGAAAAUAAAAAGUAUAUAUUAAAGAUGCAAAACAAAUGGGUACAACAACUGCGAGAACUAAAUGUACAGUUUGCUACCCGUAUAAACCCGAACAAAACUUUCACCUUAUAUCAUUUUUGACAACCAGAAUCCUCCAGAUUCUUGGACAACCAUGUUUUUUUUUCUGUUGUUGUUUAUUUUACCCCCCCUUCCAUAUUUAUAUCAAAUGACCGAUACCAAAUGUGGGGAACGAAAGCUAAUACGUGUUUCUUCUGAGACGUGACAACUCCAUCUUAUCAAAUUCCAUCACACGGCAAAGUAAGACACUCUGAGGAAAGCGCAAUCUGCCUUCUCGAGCUCACAGAUUCCCACGAUUGGCUUGUGUCACUCUGAUUGAUUGACAGAUGAGAGAGAGAAUCCCUCCCACCCAAAGAGAAUGGUCAAUUUUUGCUCCCUUUGCCACCCGUUGAUGGCUGUGGCAUCAUCAGGAUUCGAACUCGCCGUCUCCCAAUGAUGAUGGCGUGAACUACGUUGUUCGAAGCACGUUACAGUAUAUGAAGAUUUGGGUGUGUGUUUAUGGAAAUGAUCUUGGGUGAGAUUUCAUCCCAUUAUUGUUUGCUACAUUAGCCUCAUAACUCCAGUACAAAACACGAAGCAGAUAUCGAACAUGUUCUGUGAACGGGGGGAAAUUGUGUACAUUUUUGGUUUUUCAUCAAACAGUCCCUGGCUCUGCCUGUUCUUUGUGAAACCUUCAAAACGAAGCAUAAGCUCGUAAAUUCAAACCUUGUGAAUAAUGUAUGUUGACGUGACAUAACCAGGUUAAUAAUUACCAUGUGAUUAUUCAUGAUUAAUUCAUAAUCAUUUAAAGUAAGUAUUGUGUUAGAAUAUGACCGUCAUUAAAGGAGUCGCUUUGGUGAGGACUAAAAUGUACACAGUUUUCCAUUUACGCAAAUGAGACGUAUUUUUUUUGGCUGAUGUUUGUGACCGCUGGUUUUACUGGAGGUGAAAGUCUAGCUAACAAAUAAUAAAAAUCUAUCUCA